UGCCGAGGGCCCGGGAGGAGCGCUUGGGGCCCCGGGGUCCGAGCCCAGCACGGCCGGACCUGCGCCUCCCGCGCGGCCUGCAGCCGCCGGGCGAGAUGGCCGCGCGGGCGCCCGCGCCCCGGGUGCUGCUCUGCCUCGGGGCGCUGCUGGCCCGCGGGGCCGCCGCAGAUGCAUUUCUUGCCGUUUUGGAAUCUCUAGCAUUCAAUGGCAUUUGCCUUCCAGCAAGUGGCUUAGAUUUUUUUGAUUUUUUUUUUUUUUUCCUUCUUGUCCUGACUUUGGGCAUGGUGUGGCCGAAAUGGGGAGAGAAUCAGAAAUCCUGUGGUUCUGAGCUGGCUUCACGUCGUUCAAAUGGAGCCACAAGUAACCAGACAGAAGAUUGGGGCCUAGAGGCUGUAGUCAUCGGAGAGGUUCAUGACAACGUGACUCUGCCCUGCGGCAACAUCUCGGCAACCAGGGGCCCGGUGACCUGGUACCGGAAUGACUCGGAGCCCGUCUUCCUCCUGUCCUCCAAUGCCAGCCGCCCGCCAGCCCAGCCCCGCUUCUCCCUGGUGAACGCCAGCUCCCUGCGCAUCGAGGCGCUGAGCCUGCAGGACGAGGGCAACUACACCUGCUGGGAGGCCCUGAACGAGACUCGGUGGUUCCACGUGUGGCUGCAGGUGGCCAGCGGCCCGGACCAGCUGGCGGUGAACGUCUCCUCCACGGGCUCCCUCCCCAACGGCACCCGCUUUGCCGUGCGGGGCUCCCGCGUGGACUUCGGCUGCGCCAGCAGCUCCCGGCCGCCGCCCCUGGUCGAGUGGUGGUUCCAGGCCCCGGGGUCCAGGCCUGAGCCCUUCGGGAGCAACUGGACGGCCAGCGGCUUCUCGCUGCUCCUCAUGUCGCCGAACCUGCAGGGCAACUACACCUGCCGCGCCCGCAACCCGCUCAGCGGCCGGCAGCGCAGCACCACCACCGAGCUCCUGGUCUACGCUCCCCCUGUGUCAGACCUCGAGUGCUGGGCAGAGAUGUCACCAAGCCCGCUCCUGCUGCAGCUCACCUGCCGCUGGGACGGGGGGUACCCGGACCCUAACUUCCUGUGGACAGAAGAGCCAGGAGGCGUGGUUGUGGGGACGUCCAAGUUGGAGACGCUGAACCGGUCCCGGCUGUCAGAUGGCCAGAAGUUCAAGUGCGUCGGGAGCCACAUAGCAGGGCCGGAGCUGGGAGCCAGCUGCGCGGUGCAGAUCCGUGACCCCUCCCUUCUCUCCGAGCCCAUGAAGACUUGCUUCGUGGGGGGCAACGUGACCCUCACCUGCCUGGUGUCUGGAGCCUACCCCUCUGCCAAGGUCCUGUGGCUGCGGAACCUCACCCAGCCCGAGGUGGUCAUCCAGCCCAGCAGCCACUACGUCAUCUCCCAGACGGGCCAGAGCUCCACCCUGACCGUCCGGAACUGCUCCCAGGCCCUGGAUGAGGGCUACUACGUCUGCCGCGCCGAGAACCCCGUGGGGGUGAGGGAGGCGGCGACCUGGCUGAGCGUGAAAGAGCCCCUGAACAUCGUGGGCAUCGUGGGCACCAUCGUGAGCCUCCUCCUGCUGGGCCUGGCCAUCGUCUCGGGGCUCCUGCUCUAUUACAGCCCCGUGCUCUGCUGGAAACUGGGAAGCACUGUCAGGGGGCAAGACAUGGGCGACAUCAUGGUUCUGGUGGAUGAGGAAGAAGAGGCGGAGGAGGAAGAAAAUGCUGCGGAGGAGGAGGAGGAGGAGGAGGGAGAAGAGGAGGAGGAGGCAGCCAGCGAGAGGGAGGCGUUCCCAAAGGAAAUACACAAGCAUGGCCACAUCCACAGGGUGACCGCCCUGGUGAACGGCAACCUGGACUGGAUGGCCAGCGGGCUGCCGCCUCUGCAAGAUGAGAGCAGCGAGCAGCAGAGUGAGCUGGUCCGUGAGGAAGACAGGCCGGUGUGAGCCAGAGAGCCGCCCUCCUGUCGGGCCCGGUGAGCUGGGAGCCUCACGGAAGAUGAGCUUUUCCUUCUGCUUUGACCUGAACCCCUGCCUGAGGGUUUAAACUGGGCUCUCAGCGAACACACAUACACACACACACACACACAAAUACACACAAACACACACACAAACACACACAAAUACACACAUACAAAUAUACACACACACAAAUACGCACACGCACAAAUACACACAUACACACACACACACACACACCUCUGUCCGUUUUCUAACAAGCCGGUUUGAUUUGCUGUAACUCUUCUCAGUGAUGCUAGAAAACGUUGGGAACAGGGGCGGUGUGUGUGGGAAAGCUGCCUUUGGCACCAGAGGUGCCCUUUCUGCGGUGACUCCUGGCUUUAUCCGGGUCCACGGAUGCCGAUCUGGGGGGAGCAGGCGUGUGAGGAGGACCUUGGCCGCCAUGCCCUGGCCACCAGUGAAGUCUGUGACCAGCUUACCUCAGCGCACAGGGCAUGGUGUGGGGGAAGGGACACUUCCUGGACCCCUGCCCAGGUGAGCCAAGGAGCCAGAUAAAGGCCAGCUCCCUGGAAAAGGUGAGGAGGGUCAGCUACUGAGGCUGGUCCGAGGGAGGCAGCUUGGGUGGGGCAGUGUGAGUCAGGAUCACCCAGGACUGAGUCUGGGCUCCAUGUUUCAUGGGCUUGGGUAGGUUGCUUUGCCUCUGCCCUGGGCCUCCAUGUCCUCAUCUGUGAAAUGGGUGAACUCACCUGUCGUACAGGGGCGUGGUGAGGACUCUGGACGUGAAUGUGCCUAAAAGGUGCUCAAGAGAUGCUCGCUGUCCUCCUCUGCCUUCCCCCGUGGAGGAAAACCACGUCAGCUGCCAGGUGCAAGUUCCCACCUGGACCCGCCAUUCUUCUUUGUGGGAUGGUUUCGGGCGAGGGCUUUAUCGGAGCUCUCCUGACCACGUCUGCUUCCCUGGAAAGAGAAUUAUUUUCAGAAGAGGCAGGGGCCCAGAAGAAAAAGUGCCUUUUCAUCAGAACCUCACAUUUUGCAAAGCUUCGUAUUCAUACCAGAGCUUCUUACACGACACUGUCAGCUUUCGGCCUUCCCCAUCCUUCCUUUCUCCCGGGACUUUGCGAGAAAGCAGGAGACGUGUUUUAAAAGGGAGUAGCUGGUGGGCGGUCCUCCUUGGGCAGACCAGCUCCUCCGGCCGUGGAGGGAGAGCUGGUUCCCAUCUUCUCUUUGAUGAUGUUGUGAAGAUGCACUGAUGGACGAUGCCGAGUUUCUAACGAAACCAUCGUAUGCUGGGUUUAAGCGCUAAUGCUUCCAGUAGAGCCUGUAUAGUUUAGAGGUAUCCCCCCACCUCCCCCCAUUUCACCCAGAUCUCUUUAAAAAAUGUCCGGGGCCUUAUAAAGGUGCAAAGAGUGUGUGCUAAGUAUAAAACUCUGACUUGAAUUUGCAUUCUUGAAUGUUGCACAUUCUGCUCCGAUGGGCAAGACCUGGAGCUUAAAGGAGAACAUCCCUUCUCCAGGAGCGGACUGGGACUGGUACAGUGAGACACUGGUUACCCGCAGGUGUGCUUGGGGCUGGUCCGUUUUCUUGAAGCGACUAAACAAAGCAAGUCCCUAGAAGCUCAGAACACUGGGCAGCUCAGGCGCUGGCUGCACAUGUGUACCCCCAGACUGGCCGUGACCUCUGCAGUCUUGUCUGGCUGGGCCUUUUGCCUCGUGUAUGUAACCACCCUCAUCGGUCUGAGUUAGUGCCAUUCACAGAACAGGACACCAGACAGGUUGUUCCUACAGUCACUGAACACCGAGCUGGACGCUUUAGAUGAAUUCCAGUUUUUUGGUUUUUUUUUAAGUUCCAUUUCUGAAUCUAGGUGUCUAUUAGGCAGAGGCAACAACAUUUUUUAAAAAGAAAAGAAACUGUGGUAAAAAAAAAAAAAUUAAAAAAAAAUUCCCUCGCUGGGAACACGGGUGAUUUUUCAAGAUCACGGACAUGUCUCUGCUAUGUCCUCUUCUCUCGCACCCGUACCUGGGAGGUAGCAAAAUCUUCGAGGCGGAAUUUCUCCACUAGCAAAUGGGAGCUUCCAGAUCUGGGUGCCAAACACUAUAAACCCUUGGCUAAGGGAGCUGGGACUGACUGCUCCCUGGCAUCUGGGCCCUGUGUGCACAUUACGGCUGGGUCAGU